AUGAAGAACUCCAGUAGCUAUUUGGAGUUCUUACCUACAACGUUCAUUCUGGUUGGCAUCCCAGGGCUGGAGGCAGAGCACAUCUGGACAUCCAUUCUCUUCAGCUUGAUGUACAUUAUCAUCUUCCUUGGGAAUGGCAUCAUUCUUCACGUCAUCAGAACAGAUACUGCCCUACACCAGCCCAUGUACCUCUUUCUUUCCAUGUUGGCACUGGUUGAGAUUGGUGUCUCUGCAUCCACUCUGCCUACAGUGCUAGGCAUUUUCCUUUUUGACACCAUUGAAAUUAGUUUUAAUGCAUGUCCUCCAGAUGUUCUCCAUUCAUUCCUUCUCUAUUAUGGAGUCAGCUGUGUUGCUGGCCAUGUCCAUGGAUCGAUUUGUGGCCAUCUACAGCCCACUGCGCUAUACAACCAUCCUAACAUUGCCCCGCAUCUUUGGCACAGGAGCUGUCAUUGCGCUGAAAAGCAUUAUGCUCAUGGCCCCAUUACCCAUGCUCUUACGGCGCCUGCCCUUCUGUGGCCAUAAUGCCCUCUCUCAUUCCUAUUGCCUCCACCCCAACCUUAUCCACUACCUUGUGGAGACAUUUCUAUCAACAAUAUCUAUGGGCUUUUCAUUGUUAUCUCCACGUUUGGGCUGGAUUCUCUGCUCAUUGUAGUCUCCUAUGGGCUUAUACUCCACACUGUCUUGAAUAUUGCCACUGGGGAGGAGCGCAGGAAGGCGCUCAACACAUGUGGCUCACAUGUCUGUGCUGUGCUUGCUUACUACGUGCCUAUGAUUAGCUUGUCAAUGGUGCACCGCUUUGGACACCAUGUGUCCCCUGUGCUGCAUACUACGAUGGCCAAUGCUUACCUAUUCUUCCCACCCAUUGUCAACCCCAUUGUGUACAGCAUUAAGACUAAGGAGAUCCGUCGUGGCAUUGUUCGAAUACUAUCAGAGAAGAGAUCCAGAGUUUAG